UUGUAUUAGUGCAUGUGGGCUCCAGCUCGCACACAUGAAAGAGGAGCUGCCUGGUCGGGUUUGAAGUGCGGUGCCAUGUGCGGUGGACGCCGACGCACACUCCAGACCACGUAAAAUCUGAGAACCGGAACAUCCAAGAUGGACUCUACAGCUUCACCCGUGAUACAUGAAUCUACGCCUGCCAACAACGGCUCCGGCUGCAACACCCUGUACGAGCACAGGAGCUACGCCCGGGUCCUCAUGCCCAUCUUCUACACCGUGAUCUUCUUGGUUGGCCUGCUGGGCAACGCCUUGGCUUUGCACGUCAUCCGUCCCAACCUGAAGAAGAUGAACUCCACCACUCUGUACUCGCUCAACCUGGUGAUUUCUGACAUCCUCUUCACGCUGUCGCUUCCUGUGAGGAUCACCUACUACGCGCUCGGCUUCCACUGGCCCUUUGGCGAGGUCGUGUGCAAGAUCUCAGGCCUCAUCUUCUACAUAAACACUUACGCCGGCGUCAACUUUAUGACCUGCCUGAGCGUCGACCGCUUCAUUGCCGUCGUCCUGCCGCUGCGCUUCGGCCGGCUGCGCAAUGUUCGCAACGUGCGCUACAUUUGCGGCGUGGUCUGGCUGCUGGUCCUGGCGCAGACCCUCCCGCUCAUUGGCAUGCCAAUGACCAACAAAGAACCAGGCGACUUUAUCACCUGCAUGGAAUACCCCAAUUUCGAGAAGGUACCCAGUAUCGCUACCAUCCUCAUUGGCGCCGUCUUCCUGGGUUACAUUCUCCCAAUGAUCACUAUCCUGGUGUGCUACUCCAUCCUGUGCUUCAAACUCCACUCCACGGCCAAGGCCAACCACCUGACGGAAAAAUUAGGCCGAAGCCGCAAGGCCAUCGGCGUCAUCUGCUGUGUGUCCCUUGUCUUCGUGGUCUGCUACAGCCCCUAUCACAUCAACAUCCUGCAGUACAUGGUCCGCAAGCUGGCGCACAACCCGGACUGCGCCGAUCUAACCGCCUUCCAGGUGUCCCUGCACAUCACAGUGAUUCUCAUGAACCUCAACGCCUGCCUGGAUCCGUUUGUCUAUUUCUUUGCCUGCAAAGGCUACAAGACGAAGCUCCUGAAGCUCCUCAAGCUGGAGGUCAGCAUGUCGGUCUCCAGCGCCGUCAGAACGUCGCCCGAAGGCUCCUCCAAGGACGUUAUCGACGGCAACAAGAUCCAACUCAACGGUUGCGCUUCGAGCUCGGCCACCGAGAGGCUGAUGGAGAGGAGAUCGCAGCAGUAUGUGUAAAUGAGAAGACUGAAAAGUUGAAAGGAUCCAGGCAAGACCUUUCAGUGGGACGGUAUGCUCUCAUUGACAAGUGUGUCAAAAUGUUGGGUCAGAAUGUUCCCUGACUGACAACUUCUGUGGUUUAGAUCUCUUGAACUCAAGGUUCAAGGUUCAAGGUUCAACUUUAUUGUCCCCGCGGGGAAAUUUGUCUUGGGCACAGUGCAUCAUUGCUUUCUUAACAUACCCAAAAACAACAGAACUAAAAACACAAGCACAGACACAACCACAACCAAACAACUAACAUUUAAACAUCAGAACAUGGAGCUUGAUAGACAUAGGUGGCACUUUGAUGUAGGCAUAAAAUCUACAGUAUGGAGAUAAAGAUAAAGUACCAAUGUGCAUUGCACUAGAGCUCAUGGAUAAAGUGCUGUGUGCUAAAGUGCUUAGUUCUAAAGUGCUAUGUGCUAAAGUGCUGUGUGCUAAAAAAAAAGUGCUAACCUAUGUAUUAAAAUUCUAUUGCACAUUGUUGGUCAGUUUAAUGGAGGCUGGGACAAAUGAUAAUUUAAGGCGGUUAAAUUUGCAUAGUGGGACCCGGAGUCUUCUCCCUGAUGGCAGGGUUCCAUAUUCAGGAACUCCCUAGUGAAACAAUUAAUUAAGUGUGGAUGAACAUUGUCCAAUACCAGGCUGUGAACCUCUUCUCCUACUACUACUUCACAAUUUGAAUGUUUUGCUUCAACUGUCAGAAGUCACUUGUAAUGAAUCUAUGCUGGUUUGACAUUUACAGGCUGUCAAGCGCCUGCCGAAAACAAGGGGUGAAGCUUCUUUUUUUUUUUAACUAAAAAUUAAUACUGCAAAUAUGAAUAUUACAUGUUAGCAAUAAAUAAAGGCUAUAAACGAA